AUGGAUCCAAACCAACUCAACUCUUUCUUCAAUUACUUACAAAACUUUUCUCAAAUUCCAAAUACCCAACAAUCUCAAACCUCAAACACUCAAGUUCCAAACCAAAACUUCACACUACCAAAUACAUUUCAAAAUCCAAAUCCACAAAAUCUUUCUAAUUUCAAUUUUCAAACUCCUUAUAACAAUCAGUUUCCUAUAUUCCAACCGCAAAAUCAAAAUUCACAAACACCCCAUUUUCCAUUUUCAUCCAUAUUUAACCCCUCUAUCGGAAAUGUUACUCCAACUUUCUUGCCGUUUCCAACUCAAUUCAGUGCAUCAAGACGUAACUCAUCUGGUGUUGGUGGCUCUUCUAACCCAUCAUCUCAAACUCCUAUACAAUCUAGUCCAAAUUCGCAAUAUUCUGAUUUUGCCAACCCUCGUGGAUUAGAUGCUAUCGACCUCAAUGAUGAUGAUAUUGAAGAUCGGAGGCAAAAUAGUAUUCAACACUGGCAUUGGAAAGAGGAUGAGAUGUUGAUCAGUGCGUGGUUAAAUGUUUCAACUGACCCUGGGGUAGUUGCAUGUAAGAAACGGUGGUAUAAAAUCAACAAGGCUGUUGCACAAUUUGCUGGUUGCUACGAUCAAGCUAGUCGAAACAUAAGGAGUGGUUCAAAUGCUGAUGACAUAAAGGAGUUGGCUUAUAAACUUUAUUCCACAAAUUAUGGUAAAAAAUUUACUUUUGAGAGGCAUUGGAACAUGCUUCGGUUGAAGCAAAAAUGGAGAAGCCAACUACCUACACAGAGUGGCGGGUCAAAGAGAACCAAGGUUAGUGCAACUGGAGCAUACUCAUCCUCAUCAAACCCAGAAACACCGUUGGCUGACGAACCCGUUGUGGACUCUCCCGUUCGCCCAUAA